CUUACUCGGGAGUAGCGUUUGUUAUUGCAAUAAUAUAUAUCAUUUUAUAUAACCUUUAAAUUUGCGACGAAAAAUUAUUAUUAAAAAGCAAGUAAUUUGUUUAAAAUGGGAACUUUGACUAUGUUUUCGCAAAAUAUUUUCAAAAAUAUACUUGCAAUAAAUGAAUUAUCGAAAUUUUCCCGAUCCCUUCAAACCACAACUGUUCUUUGUAAGGUCCAAGCUGGAAGAUACAAAAUAACUACAAGAAGAGAUAAGCCUUUAACAUAUGAAAUGGCAAAUCCUCCACAUUAUAUAGCUCAUCGUAAAUCUUGGAAUUCUUGGAAUACAUCUAAUUUAGUUGGAGGGUUACGCCCUGCUGAAACAGUAGUGGAAGAUUUGUUUAUCCGAAAAUUUAUGACUGGUACAUGGCAUAAUUUAUUUGCAUCGGAAGUUAUAAUAAAACGGCAGCAUAAUAUGAUAAGAGUAGCGGGUAUUGUACGACAAGCAAUUAGUUCAAGAAAAAUGUAUUUUUUGAUCGGCUAUUGUGAAGAAUUGUUAUCAAAUUGGCUUCAAUGUCCAGUUAAAUUAGAACUACAAACAGUUGCAGAUAAAAAAGAUGUAAUUUUUAAAUAUAUUUAAGUGUUAGCUUAUGUAAUUUUUAUUG